CGAACACACGCCUUCAAAAUCAGCCGAUAGUCGAAGCCCACCAUCUUUUAUGUGAGCGUUGCGAAUGAUUGUAAUAAAUUGCCAGAAUCGGUCCGCGUCGAGACUCCUCUGCGGACUCCUCGCUCAGCCUGCAACAUGACAACCUUCACCAGGCUUGCAUCCAACGAGCGCGCGGCAAUCACAGUAUCAGCCUCGCACAGAUUACACAAGAUCAACGACAAUCUCUAUGGCGGUUUCGUCGAGCACAUGGGCCGCUGCGUCUAUGGCGGCCUGUAUGACCCUCACAACCCCAACUCGCAUCUCAUCGACAAGCACGGCUUCCGAACGGAUGUGAUCGAUGCCAUGCGUGAGGUCCGUGUCCCCGUCAUGCGAUAUCCCGGUGGCAACUUCAAUGCUACCUAUCACUGGAUCGAUGGUGUCGGUCCGCGGGAGAAGAGGCCGCGCCGUCCUGAAUUUGCCUGGGGAGGCAGUGAGAGCAAUCAAUUUGGGACGGACGAGUUCAUGACUUGGUGCAAGAUCGUGGGCACCGAGCCAUAUCUCGCACUGAACUUUGGCACCGGGACUCUCGACGAAGCAAUUGCGUGGGUCGAGUAUUGCAACUCUGAUGCAGACACUUACUACGCCAACCUCCGGCGGCAAAACGGCCAUGCAGAACCAUAUCGAGUGAAGUAUUGGGCCCUUGGUAAUGAAGUCUGGGGUCCGUGGCAAAUUGAACAGAUGACCAAAGAAGCCUACGCCCAAAAGGCUCGACAGUGGGCAAAGGCGUUGAAGCGUAUAGAUCCUUCCAUCAUCCUCAUCCUCUGCGGUGAGACGGGCCACUCGGAGUGGGAUUUCCACACAUUGACCGAAUGCCUGAAAUACGAUUCCCACGCUCUGGCUGGCGGCAGCCAGUCCGCGUCAUUGAUUGACAUGCACAGCAUCCACAUCUACACUAGCAGUCACGAUCCGGUCAAGAAUGUGCUGGCGCCGCGAUCAGCGGAAAGAGCGAUUGAGAUCGCGGCGGCGAUGAUUGAUCUUGCUCGGAUUCAAAAUGGGAUUCCACCCGCUGUUCCCAGACAAACGAUCUGCUUCGACGAAUGGAACGUCUGGGAUCCCCAGCGCGCCCCAGGCCACGAGGGAGCAGAGGAGAACUACGACUUGUCCGACGCACUCGCUGUUGGAGUUUGGCUAAACGUGUUUAUCCGGCAAAGCAAAUACGUCGCCAUGGCCAACAUCGCGCAAAGUGUCAACGUGAUCUCGCCUUUGAUGACUGACCAAGAUGGACUGCGUAGGCAGACUACGUGGUGGCCGCUCCUUCUCUUCACCAAAUAUAUGCGAGGACACACCGUGGCAACGAACGUCAGCUGCGGCUUUUACGAUGGUCCAACGGAGAGCGCGUGGCAGCAGUCGACAAUCGACAACCCGUGGUUGGACGUAUCAACCACGAUUGGGGAUGAUGGCUGGGUGAAUAUGGUUGUUGUCAAUGCUCAUCCCGACAUUGCAAUCCAUACGGAUCUUGCGGGCGUUGGUUCCAGUCAGGAUCAAGUGAAGGUGUAUUCAUUCGGGGGAAACAAAGACAUGAGCAGGGAAAGGGUUCGUGUGCAUGAGUCCGAGUGGGAGGGGAAGGGGAGUUAUACUUUUCUGCCCUUCAGUUUUACGAUGCUGCGGUGGCGUCCGUCGAAGAAGGAAGAGUUGCUUCAUUGGGGGGAGAUUAAGGUCAAUGGUUGGCAUUGAUAUCGAGGCUGUGAUGGACAAGCUACUGUUCAGCCUUCUCACAAUCUAGCUGGAAAAUUUCAGCUUGAGUCGUAAAGUAGUAGAUAAAGAUGGUACACACCCCUUAGAGACGGUCCAGA